UGGUUUUGGGCAGAUAUGUAUGCCUCAUUGUCUAUGUAGUAGUAGUUCUCUAUUGUAAAUAAUUAUGGUAUUAUCGUUUUCUGGUGUGUACUGAUGUAUGUGACCAUGUUUGGUAGUGCGUAUAGUGACCAAUGAUGACCAUUGUUUGGAUGAGUUUCAGCUUUAUGUCAGUCUGAGUGUUGUGUAUAGAUUGAGUUGGUGAGAAGCUAUAUAUACUACUCCAUUCAAAACAGAAGAAAAAUUGCGAAGUUGAGAGUGUUGUUACUAUCACUAAAGCUGUGGCUGCUACUGAUGAUAUUGAUCGUAUGCAAGCCGUGAGUGAGCUAGUGAGGUUACAGAGACAUUGGAAGCAAGCCACUGCCUGAAAUGAGUGACGACAACCUUGCUAGACAACUCUACUGGGCUAGUCGUUAUGGUGGUGACCAAGACGUGCUUGAGCUGCUACAGAGAGGAGUUCCACCCAACAACAGUGAAUACUACACGAAACUGAAGGAUGGAUGUACUCCACUACAUGAGGCAUGUGCUCACAGCCAUCUUUGCAGUGCAGAACUACUCAUUAAGUUUGGAGCGAUUGUAGCUGCUAAAGAUAAUGAUGGUUGGACCCCUUUACACUGGGCAUGUUUUAACAACAGUAAGGACACUGCUAAGCUGUUACUGCAGCACCACUGUCCCACAGAUAUUAAGACCCGUAGUGGAGAGACUGCUGCUGAUAUGGCCAGAGGGAGAUACCGUGCCUUGGCUCAACAUGUGGAGAGGUUCCGGCCUGGACUUAGAGAUCCUCUGUCUUCGUACCCAACACUGGAACAGCUGAGUCAGCUGGAAUAUAACCAAUGGUUUCAACUUGGUAUUCGCUUGGGUUUGGGAAAGGAUCAACUGGAAGCUAUAAAGAAGAGCCAACAUCCCACAGCAGCAACUCUCCAGGCAGCCAAAAUCAAGAAUAUUGACAUGCUUUGGAAGGAUAUUGUGGAAGCUCUAUUGAGCAUUGGAGAGUACGAGUUGGCAGAGAGUGUGUGCACUCAGCAAGGGGAAGGUGAGAGUGCUCUGUCAGUGAGUGCAUUCUAUGGCUGGCUGGACUGGGUCAAGCGUCUUGUGGAAACUGUGAGCCUCAAUCAAGAAGGUACAGUCAACAUGGCUGGUGACACCGCACUCUAUCUGGCCUGUGCUAAUGGCCACAUAGAAGUGAUGAAGUACCUCAUCACCGAAUCCCUUGGCUGUACUACAAAUGAUUACCUCUUGCUAGCCUCUGUCAAAGGGAAUCGAAAUCAAAGAGCUGUGGAAUAUCUUUUAGCAGAAUGUCAUUGUGAUCCAAAUGUGACCGACAAAGAAGGCAAGACACCUCUCGAUUUGGCCAAUGAGCCUAACAUCAUAAAGCUCCUCUUGAAACACGGAGCCAAGGCUACCAAUGUCUACAAGGAACACAGCAAGCUAAUCGGAAGGCUCUCCUCCAAGCAACCCCCACACCUUCCUCUGUCUGUGCUUAUCAUUGGCGAUGGUGGCGUGGGGAAGAGCACUCUGUUGAAGUCCAUUAUGAGCUCAAAAGGGUUUUGGUCUAAACUACGGAAGGCAAGACCAGUAGAUGGUGUCGAUGCGAGGACAGUGGGGAUCAUACCGUACGAAAUAUACACCAAAGAGUUUGGGAGAAUCAUCUACUUUGAUUUUGCUGGCCAGAAAGAGUUUUACACGAGCCACUGUGCCAUUCUGGAGAAUGCUGUUCAAACCUCACCACCCAUCAUUAUCCUCUGUGCUAAGCUUUUAGAAAGUGAGCAGGCGAUUAUUGAUUCAACGUAUCGUUGGUUGACCCUUGUCCACAACCAGUGCACCAAUCUGAAAGGCAAAGCACAUGCGAUAGUAGUUGGUAGCCAUGCUGACACGGUAAAGAAAAUGGGAGAAGAUCCACCAGCCAAAGAGGCCAUAUUUGCCCCCAUCAUCAAACAAUUCCCGAAGUUUCAGUUCACAGAGUUCAUUCCAAUGGAUUGUCGUUUUGCUGAUUCCGAUGACAUAACAAAAGCAAGAAAACUGAUUCAGAAAAGCUCCGCUAUUCUCCGCUCUCCAGAAACCAUCAGCCUAAAUGCUCACACCUUUUACAUUUACCUUGCCGAAAGCUUCAAAGAUGACCUUGCUUUGUCUUUGGGAAAUAUCUAUGAGAAAAUUGAGAGUGAUCUUAAUGAAGGUCUGUCAAAACGCACUCAAGAUGUUCUUUCUUUCAUACCCAGCACUGUCCCUCACCUUAUUGAGAUCUGUGACCAACUGCAUAAAAGAGGUCUCCUCUUGUUUCUCCGCAAUGACAGCUCUCCACAAAAAUCUUUCCUAGUUUUUGACCAAGCAACACUCCUAUCCAGAGUAACUGGGACCGUGUUUGCUCCUGAAAAUUUCCGCCAACACUGCAAGCUAGCUUCAAGCACUGGAGUGGUGCCUUUGUCGAAAUUCAGCAAAGAAUUUGAUGGCUUUGACACAGAGAUGCUGAUUGCCUUCAUGUCCCACUUAGAGCUGUGUUUCGAAAUCACUGACAAGCAAGUCUUGGAUUUCAUUUCAAAGGAGAUUGAUUCUACUGCUACUACUGGCAGAGAUACUUCUGUUCUUGAGUCUGACACUCGAUACCUCUUCUUUCCAGGAUUGAUUCGAAUCGAAAUUCCAGACCAUGUUUGGGAAGAAUCUCAAAGCAUCAAGUACUACUUUGGCUGGAUACUCCAAACCUCUCAAGACACGGAGUUUUUCGACCCUCGCUGCCUUCAAGUACUCAUUCUGAGGAUAGUGUUCACCUUCAGGCUUGCCCCUGCUCUGAGAGUACAGCGUGAUGUCCCUUCUCUGCAAAGAUUCUGCUCUGUGUGGAAGAAUGGGAUCUACUGGUGCGACGAUGAUGGAAUCACCGCACACCUUGAGCUUGCUGAAAAUGGUCGAUCUCUUGCUCUCAAAAUGCGCACUGACAAAGUUCGACCUGAAGGUCUGAUUCAUCGCUUCAGAAUUAUGAGCACAAUCCGUGAGACUGUUGAAUGUUUUGGCCACAAUGUGAAUGUGAUAGAAACUGUGAUUGAUCCAAAGCUAGUUGUCUAUCAUCCUCUAAAAAAUCCCUCUGACCUCCCAUUGGUCAACAUCAAAGAUAUUGCAGCAGCUGUCUCCUCCAACAAAAUAAUGAUCAAAUCAACACAACAAGUUGGCCUCGCCUUUGAGCAUCUCUUACAGUUUGAGCCGUACGCUGGCCUGGAUCAAACCACCAUACAGUGUAUCCACAGUGACAAGAAUACCAAGAAAGAUGAGAAAAUCUCCGGAGCUUUCAUUUCCCAUUUUGCCGAACUGGUUAUCAAUUCAGAUAAUGAAAAUCCAGAUCAAGUUGCUCGAAACAGUCGUAUGUUCAGAAUAAUCCUGAGUCCAUCUCAAACUUCAGUUGUCAAAAUUCAGUCGGUCAGUCCCAGACAGGAGGUGAUCCAGGCCCUUGAGAUGUGGAGGAGUGAGACUGAGGGAACUUACAGCUGUCUGAGGGAGACUCUCAAUAGGUACAGCGUCUUCACUGGUAGAAACCCUCUGGGUCUAGCUGGUGUGGCUCAUGAUGAUAUUGAUCCCUCUGUGCUUAGUAUCAGUGAUGACGAUCAAAAGGAUCCAGGGACUACCAGCCUCCAUGAGAUGGUGGUCAAGCAUGGAUUCACUGACGAGCAGUUGGAUCGAGAGAUUGUACAAGACGACCUUGCUCCAGUAGCUAUGCACUUUGAUGAUGUGGAGCUCUACCUCAACCCACUGAAGUUGACUGACAAUGAACAAGCUGACGUGAGGCGAGAGACUUAUUUAAGUAGAAGCAAUCAAGUGGCAGUGAUCAACAGUUUGUCAAUCUGGAGAAGUCACGAACCCAGCGAAGCAACCUUUAGAGCACUGAUUAGUAUAUUAUUCGAUAUAGGGAAGGAAGAUAUUGUUACCAAGAUCUGCCAGUACUUGAAAAGACCCAGUCAUCUAUGAGUGCUGAGAGUGACUGACUGUAAAGCUAGAGCUAUGUGUAGGACUCUUGUACUGAAUUGAACACACAGUAGCUAUAUAAUUAUUCUUGUUAUUGUGUAUGUGAUUUUUCCCAAUGUGAGUCAUGGCUUUACUAGUGAAAUCUAAUCUGUUUAACUCUUG